AUGACUUCUCAAGGCCGCCUCGCAGCAAAAACCGCCAUCGUGACCGGCGGGUCGAUGGGAAUUGGUGAAGGCAUUGUUCGUAAAUUCGUUGAAGAAGGUGCUAAAGUUCUAGUACUGGAUAUCAAUUCCGAGCUCGGGACAAAGGUGGCAAGCAGUCAUCCGGAGGGCCAGGUCGUCUUUUUGCAGGGUAGUGUGACGAAAGAAGAAGAUUGGAAGAAGGCUUUGGAGACGGUGUUGGAGUGGACGGGGAAGUUGGAUAUUGUGGUGAAUAAUGCAGGCGUGGUUCAUGUUGCUGCUCCUUCGCCCACUGUCCCCAAGUCCGAGUACGAUCGCAUCAUGGACAUCAAUGUUUCGCCACUGUAUCAGAGCGCCACCGUGAUCGCCCCGUACUUCCAACAACAGAAGAGUGGCGUGUUUGUCAAUAUCAGCUCAAUAUCUGCUCCUCGACCAAGACCAAAUCUCGUCUGGUAUGCGGGAUCAAAGGGUGCGGUGAGCGCUGUAACGAAAGGACUUGCCGCCGAAUUUGCGAAAGACGGCAUUCGAUGUAAUGCCAUUUUGCCUGUUGCAGCCGACACAGGCAUGCUGGCUCCAGUUCAGGGUGGUGUAGAUACCGAAGAUGGGCGAGCAUUAAUCCUGAGGGGCAUUCCGAUGGGUCGUGUGGCCACUCCAGCAGAUAUCGGAAAUGCGGCGGCGUUUCUCGCCAGUGACGAGGCAAGCCUCAUUACGGGUAUCGAGCUUCCUGUUGACGGAGGCAGAUCGCUGAUGUGAGAGUCGUCCUGGUUACAAUAU